AUGUCAACUAUAGUAUAUCAAGGCAUUUUGCAGUCAUGUUAUGAGUCCCAAAUCAUUGAAACAACUACCCUUAAGCUCAAAGUCCCUUCUUCUGUAGAAUUUGGAAGAGGACCUUCAUGUUUGAUUGAAAAGGAAAACAAUAUAGAGAAUGUUAAAGAAAAAUGCAAUUAUCAAGUUACAAAAAAGCCCUCUACUACAACAACUAAUCUUGAUUUUGGUGGUGGUUGGAGUUCUAUUCAAAACCUCACCAACAUUUCUAAAGAAAGUGACAUCUAUGUCCACCCUUUAUCGAAGAGAUCUUCAUAUUCAUCAAGACUCAGUGAAAAAAGCCUUCAAUUAUGUACUGAAAGUCUUGGCAGUGAAACAGGGAACGAUAUUAUUGACUCCACCAUUUUCUCAUUCUCUUCUUCAUAUUCAAGAACUGAAAAAUCACCAUCACCAGACCAUAUGAUGGCGAAGAUGACUCACCAACCUGAGCCGUCAUCGUCAUCAUCUACGUGGUCAAGAAAUUGCAAGGUGAAUAAAAGAAGUACUAGUACUGGUAGUAGUAAUAAGAAAUGUUGCAACAAAUUUCCACCUCCAUUGACAACAAUAAGGGGUUUGAAUUCCGUACAAUUUAGGCCUCACCGCGAAGACGGUAGGUUAAUAAUCAAAGCUGUCGAAGCCCCACUUACUCAUAAUUAUCUACAAGCUGAAAGAAGCAAUGGCCGACUUAGGCUCUCUUUUUUCAAAAAUGAAACAUCUGCUACCAAUUUUGACGAUAAUGAAGAAUUAGACGAAAAUGAAAACGACGUUGUUGAAAGCGAAAUUAGAACUGAAGAAGAAAUGGAAAUAAAUUUGAUGCUGAGGGUGAAAUGGGAAAAGAGAAAUGUCAAAGGCUAA